GGGCUCCUGGAAGAGCCGCCUGUUACCUGGGCUUUCGGGAAAAGCCGCAGCCCCGGGAUCUGCGCCUGUCCCUGCCCCCACCCUGGGGCCUCAGAGCAUCUGGGCCACCCUGUCCGGGAAGAGGCCCUGCACUCGGCCAGCAGCCUGGAGAGUCACCGAGGGAUGAGGACGCCACAGCCCGGGGGAGCACCCUUUCUGCUCUCGCGGCCCCGAGCGCGCAGCGCCCAGGAGCCGGAUAGAGCCUGACGCCCUGUCGUCUCCCCUCGCGCACAGGGCUCUGCGAGUGAUCCAGCCGGCCAGCUCCCUGCUGCAUGGAACGGCUGCAGAAGGCCAAGAUGGACAAUCAAGUGAUGGGCUACAAGGACUUGGCUGCCAUCCCCAAGGACAAGGCCAUCCUGGACAUCGAGAGGCCUGACCUCAUGAUCUAUGAGCCCCACUUUACCUAUUCUCUGCUGGAACACGUGGAGCUGCCCAGAAGCCGGGAGCGCUCGCUGUCACCCAAAUCCACAUCCCCCCCACCAUCCCCAGAGGUGUGGGCGGAGAGCCGGUCCCCUGGAACCCUCUCUCAGGCUUCAGCCCCAAGAACCACUGGCACGCCCCGGACCAGCCUGCCCCAUUUCCACCAUCCUGAGACCACCCGCCCAGAUUCCAACAUCUACAAGAAGCCACCCAUCUACAAGCAGAGAGAGUCCACAGGAGGCAGCCCUCAGAGCAAGCACCUCAUUGAAGACCUCAUCAUCGAGUCGUCCAAGUUCCCUGCAGCGCAGCCUCCCGACCCCAACCAGCCAGCCAAGAUCGAAACAGACUACUGGCCGUGCCCCCCGUCGCUGGCUGUUGUGGAGACAGAGUGGAGGAAGCGGAAGGCGUCGAGGAGGGGGGCAGAGGAGGAGGAGGACGACGACGACGAUGACUCCGGGGAGGAGAUGAAGGCUCUCAGGGAGCGUCAGAGAGAGGAACUCAGUAAGGUUACUUCUAACUUGGGAAAGAUGAUCUUGAAGGAAGAGAUGGAAAAGUCAUUGCCUAUCCGACGGAAAACCCGCUCUCUGCCUGACCGGACACCCUUCCAUACCUCCUUGCACGUGGGAACAUCGAAGUCUUCUUCCCUCCCCGCCUACGGCAGGACCACCCUGAGCCGGCUACAGUCCACAGACUUCAGCCCAUCUGGGAGUGAGACCGAAAGCCCAGGCCUGCAGAUCUAUCCUUACGAAAUGCUGGUGGUGACCAACAGGGGGCGAACCAAGUUGCCUCCAGGUGUGGAUAGGAUGAGGCUUGAGAGGCACCUGUCAGCAGAGGACUUCUCAAGGGUCUUUUCCAUGUCUCCCGAAGAGUUUGGCAAGCUGGCUCUGUGGAGGCGAAACGAACUCAAGAAAAAGGCCUCUCUCUUCUGAUGGCCCCCACCUGCUCUGUGACUGACCCUCACCCUUGCUCCUUCAGGGUUCUGGAGCUGGGGUCACUAGACCCCAAAGCAUCAUCUCUGGGGGGAGCAGGGGGGUGGGGCAGAGGUGGGGUUGGCUCCGUUGCCCAGGUCAAGGGAGAGUAAGGCCUCUGCAGUGCUGGGGUUUGGGGACGUGGACCUCCUUCCCCAUGAUGAGCUAGUGGGGGGGCCCUUCUCUCAUCCCUGGUCCUCGCUGCACAGGGCAAACCCAGCGUGCACUCCAGCACACUCAGAGUUAGUGUCUGCACCCUCUCUCCCUGCCCCCACCCCCAUGUGAAGGUCCCCAGAAGAGAGUGAUGAGACACGAACAUGACACUUAGUGGUCAGGCCUGUCUGCUGUCCUGACCAAUGGGUGGGAAGAACCCUCGGGCCUGGUAGGAGGCACGUGAGGGUGGGAAGCAGCCACACGGGCAGAGAGCGCCCAGGACCCUGUGUGCACCCAAGCACUCCUCCGCAGCUCACCUGGGACAGGUUCCCCUGCACCUGGGCCUCCCGUCUCUCAGCCUCCAGCAGGGAGGCCACCCAGCCCUCCAGCUCACCCUGUCCUCUCCUUGUGAACCCCAAGCUUCGAAGCCUCUUGCUCCAGCCCUGAGGCUUCCCUAGAAGCCUUGGCUUAGAGUGGAGAUGUCGCCUAUACAGACCCCCAGCCCAACAUCAGCCUUCAGGCUGAGUCGGCUAGAAUGCUACCUUCUAGCAUCCAGGUCCCGGGCAGAGCCCAGGCCUUUGGGCUCCCCUGGAUGGGAUGAGGAGCCAGGCUGAGAGUCCUGGCUACCAGGUCCCACCCACACCCCUGCAUCCCCCACCAUGCUCUCUAAAGAAUGUAAUUUAUUGGGGCCCCCCCAGCUGCUUUCCUCACCUAACUCUCUGCCCUACCUUAAUCACGCUCCCAGCUUUUCUUCUCUCCAAAUACACAUGUAUAUAAUU